AUGACGAGCAAAUCCAAGAAAUCGAAAUACGCAACCACCAAGUCCACAUCCCUUGGAGCAGCACAUCAGGGCAUGAAAUCCGAUCACGAGACCUCAAACAUCGAGCAGUCAAAUACCACAGAGCCGAAAUGGAUUCCUGUUGGAGAGCUCGGCGAUUACUACGCCAAACACAAACCCAUUGGUCGCAGAUAUCCAGUCCAGUCCCAGCUCGACUUUGACAACCUCUACAUCGAUGAGUCUCGUGACGAAAUCCAGGACAGCGAGUCAGAGACCAGUAACAACAAGCAAGGCGCAAAGCCAACCAGAAAGCCCACGGGCAAGUCGACAGCUACAUCCGGACCCAUAACAGAUGCCAAGUCGGCCUCAGUGCUCCAAUGGAUCAGUAGCAGAUCAACCAAGGGCAAGGACAAGAGCAAGAUGAGCAACGGAAAAUACAGUGAAGAAGAUGGGGAGGAAAGCAGCGAGGAAGAUGAGAAGCAAGAGGAGGAUCAGGCCGAAGAUCCAAACACAGAAAGGUACAAGUCAUGCGACACCUGUUUCUGGGCUAGAGUCAAAUGCGUGGUCAAGGAAGGAGACAAGAGAUGCCAGGAAUGCGAGAAACGUGGCCGCAAUUGUCACUUCAGCAUCAAGGGACAGCGACCUUUACACCAACCUCCAGGAUGA